AUGACCACGACAUUCAUGCCCAUGACGAUGGAGUCGUUCCUGUUAGGAGGGAUUCCCACCAUCACCACCAAGACUGUGUCCAGACGAACUCGGCCUCACGCCUUCUUGGUUUUCGCCGUGUGUCGCACGUCGGGAGUGAGGAAGAGCGCUCCGGUUAAUUACGGUGGAAAAAAUGAGACUUUAGAGGACAAAAUGAAAACGGUAAGCGCCCCAGAACGUCCCUCUGACCCGUCUCUCUCAUCCAGGAAGGUGCUGAAGCAGAUUCCUCUGGGUGACCUUCGACCCGACGAGACGGUUAGAGCCACUCAGGAGGCCCAGCUGCUGUCUCAGCUGCACCACCCAGCGAUACUGACCUUCUACCACAGCUUCCUGGAGAGAGACGCCUUCUGCAUAAUCACAGAGUACUGCCAGGAUCGGGACCUGGACUGUAAGAUGGAAGAGGUGAGACGAGCUGGGCGGAGUCUCCCUGAAAGCCAGGUCAUUGAUUGGCUCAUCCAGCUCCUGCUCGGCCUUCGCUACAUACAUGACAGAGCAUGUGUUCCCGCGUCUGCAGGUUCUUUAGAUGUUCACAUUCAGUUUAACAGCAGAUCAGUCAUCAGGAUGAUGCUUCUCCUGUUUCCAGGUGACUUUGGUGUUUCCUGCCUGCUGAUGCGAUCAUGUGACCUGGCGACCACCUUCACAGGGACUCCGUACUACAUGAGCCCAGAGGUGCUGAGACACCAGGGCUACGACUGCAAAUCUGACAUCUGGGCUCUGGGCUGCCUCCUCUACCAGAUGUGCUGCCUAAAGUCUCAUUUGGUAAAAGAGGUUUUGAUCCUCAGAUCAUCUCCGGGACAGAGAGAGCACCCGUCUCCUCCUAUCCCAGCAUCCUCCUCUCUGCUGUUUGUCUCUGUGUGAACCAGCAUGCUGCAGAAACAACCAACAUCCAGACUGACGGCGGCUGAGAUGCUCAAGAGCAGAUUCAUGGAGGAGAACAUGCAGAAAAUGAAGGACAGGUUUGUCUUCAUCUCGUCAGAGGGAGGAAAGAGCGAUGCUGCAGCCAUCGCUAAGCACAUGCAGAUGAAGGUUCACCUGCAGACGCUAAGGGACAGGUCAGAGGUGGAGAAGAUGACCCCCAGAGAAAGGAUGAGACUCUGCAAACUGCAGGCUGCCGACGAGAAGGCCAGGAGACUCAGGAAACUGGCUGAGGACAAGUACGAGGAGGUCCACACCCACAGGAGGGAACUGAGGAGCCGCCAUUUUGAAAAAGUCAGUGUGGAUGUUCUGAAUGCUCUGGUUCAACACUUUGAAACUGCGAGUGUCUCCACAGAGAGCCAUUUCUACGUAAUAAACUUUGAAAGCUUCAUUUUGCUGCCAGCCUUCCAUCAUAACACACGUCACCUUUUCCAAACCGGCAUCGUCUUAUUUUAG